UCUCCAGGCUGUAAAAUGAAAAAAGUUCUUUUUUUUACCACCCAUCGAUCAUGUGGUGCAUAUAUCUGCCUUUUCUGCUAAAGAAUAUAAGUAGACUUCAAGUUUUCAUAUCGAGACGAGAAGAUUCCUUCUUCAUUGACGAGAAAGCUCCGAGAUAGACGCAUACUUUGCUGCUUGUACACAGAUAAAUUUCGACGCCAUAGAUCACAUUUUUUAUUCGGCACCUUUUGCAGCGUGUCUCUUAUCCAACGAGGGCAAGACUUUGUCAUGCGAAUGCGACGUGCACCCGAAAAAAUAGAAUUUGAAAUUGUUGUUCACGGAUUGUACAACUACGACUACCCGAUGAAAUUGACGCGGCAGGUCCCCGUUACAGGAUUAAACCCCCUUAGAGAAGAUUUUAGCAGCUACCCCAAAUGCAAAUUCCUCCAAAACUAGUUCUAGAAGCUGCGAAGUGCAGAUAGCUUUGCCUCGGCUUCUCUUUUUGGAUUGAUCGUUUCGUCUGUGUGACUGAGUCAUUCAGACAUCACCUGCCAGUUAGUGAAGUAAAAUAAAGUGAGAAUCAAAGAAGAACAUCGUCAAUUCCUGAGAGUCAAUUCCUAAGUUAAUACCUCAAGAUGGCGGCAACCUCUUCGACCAACCGACCUCCAUCGGCGAAUGUGAUGACGACACCCAUCACGAAGAUGGCUUCCCAUCCACCCCUUCCGAUCCGACUACCAGUGUCGAUUUUGCGUCGGUUUCUUCUCGUUUUCGUCCUAUUGCAGUUAGCAGUUCUGGUCAACGUAUUUUGGAUCGGGCCAUUGCGAUUGAUCGGCUUCGCGAUGGAGCGGAUCUUUCAUACCAAUCCCAAACGCAGAGGACACGAAGCUCUUUUGUUUCGCUUCCUCAUGCGUCCUGUGAUCGAGUUAGCCAGGUGGUGGAUGGAUUGCUCAAAAACGCGCUAUUUGCACCUCACUGCAGCUCUGGCACAGGAUCUGCUAGGUGUCAGACUAGAAUUGUUGGUAGAAGGAUCUGAUGGUGCGGAAAACGCAAGUAUUGACCGUGUGCUUCUGAUGAACCACAUGACUCGUCUAGAUUGGUUCUUUUUGUGGAUUUUACUAGCUGGAAGAGCUGUUGCAGCGUCCUCUGCCACGAGUACAACAACAUCUAGUAGUAGUACAACAACAUCUAGUAGUUGUGCAACUCCUACUUUCACGAGUACUUCCGACGAAUUAUUUCGUUUGAAAGUGAUAGCCAAAGGAAUGCGCGGAUUGCCGUUUUUCGGGUGGGCAUGCGAAAAUUUUCGAUUCAUACACUUGAAGAGGAACGACGCUGCGGGUGAUUUGAGACGCAUACGGGAGAAUAUACUGGAUGAAGCACCAGGCACAGGAAUCACACUCCUAAUCUUUCCAGAAGGAACAGAUUUGAGCGAGAACACAGUUGCGAGAUCUCAGAAGUUUCAAGUGGAAUUACUUGAGCAAUCUGAAGGUGGACCUUCUUCCAGAAGUACUGAGAAUAGUACUAGUAGUACUGAGAUGAAGAAAAGCACUGCCGCGCGCGAAACUCUAGAGGCCUGUGGAGUUGCACCUUCCAAGAAGUUGUUGGAAAACGUGCUUCUUCCUAGACAUGCUGGGUUGCAUGAGGUACUAGAAGCAAUGGGAGAGCGCAACAGAGAAAAAGUGGUAGAAGUUCUAGACUUGACCGUUAGCUACGAAGGUUGUAAUCGACGACCCAGCGAGGGGAGUGUGUUCAAGAACGGAGAUGCCCCUGCACUGGUGAAGUUUCAUAUGCGGAAGUGGAGUACAAGUGACGUGAAGAGGUGUAUUCGUAAUCAGGAUGGAGACAAGGCAAAAUCACCGGAGCAGGCUGGAGCUAACCUGAAGAGGCUUCUGCUCGAAUCAUUCAGGGAAAAGGAGGUACGACUUCAGGGAUUGCCAGUUCUAGACGCUCAGCGGCAGGGGAGUACAGCGAGAGAAGUCAUUGCUUCACAAGCAAAAAAUGCACAAGCAGCUGAAAAACCGACGACCACCAACAACAGCAAGCCAAAAGUCGAAAUCUUCAACAUCAUGCCUCGACGCACAUCCUAUUCCUUCUAUGUUGUCUUUCAUGCAUUCGUUGUACUCCUCUUAUCCCUGCUACCAACGGAACCCGUGGCAGCACUCUUAGCCGCAAGCUUCCUCUCCGUUGCCUUCAACUCGAGGAAACUUGACUUUGCACUAAGGGGAGCGCUAUUGGCGCUUCUCUACGUGAGUGCAAGGGCGAGGUAUUACAGUAAUUAGUAAUAGAGUCAAGAGUUACAACCUGCUGUUACAAUUAUCGGGGACGCAUACCUGACAUUGUACAUGACAUGGUUACAUCAUUUUGCACUAAGGGGAGCGCUAUUGGGGCUUCUUUACGUGAGUGCAAGGGCGAGGUAAUUUCAAACUUUACAGGGAGGCAUGGAAGUUGAUGCGCUUGUAAUUGUAAAAGCCGCGCGAGAAUAAAAGUGUUUUACUUCAUCGCCGUCCUCAUGAUUUCGGUUUUGCUGCUCGAAAAUAUCGGAAUGGGCUCUAUGGUUUUGAUAUUAUCAUUUAUAUGAGACUAUGGGUUGAGGACGAGAAGAGAUGCUAAAGCAGAAUAAAGAACGGAUCGGUGUCUCAUCAAAGUCGUUCAAAUCGGUUAGUGCAAAUGUCUGUGAAUUCACUCUAAACGGCAUCGGUCAUAGGAAGGUUAUGUCGCGCCUUUGCUUUUCUCUCUUGAUUCAGGUUGUGAUCCCUCUCCCCCCACACCUCCUGACCCUUGUGCACAAGUGUAUUACCCAUAGCACAAACAUGUACAACUCUACUUGCACCAAAAAAAGUGUAUUACCCAUAGCACAAACAUGUACAACUCUACUUGCACCAAAAAAAGUUUAAGUUUUCUACUAACCGCAACCUGCUUAGCUGUAACCAGUAUUGCGAUCUUCACCAAGAAGUGUAUUA